UUGACUAAAUCUGGCUCAAACAGCAGUGAUUUAGGGGUUGGGACUCACAUCUUAACAUGGACUGGUGACGCGCAGGCUUUGGGGGGAAAAAUGGCUAAUUCUGACAGUGAAGUCAAAACGCUGCUCAAUUUCGUAAAUCUGGCAUCCAGUGACAUCAAGGCGGCCCUGGACAAGUCCGCUCCCUGCAGACGCUCCGUGGAUCACCGGAAAUAUCUGCAGAAGCAACUCAAGCGCUUCUCCCAGAAGUACAGAGUCCCGAGGUACCACGCGCACAGAUCUGUGGACUACAAGUGUUCCAAAGCGGUGGGAAGCGCUCAUCCGAGCGCGGAGGUGUCAGACAGGGCCGUUGUCCCUGAUGGGAUGGCCGCUGAGAGCGCGGGGAGCGCGGUGGAACAGGUGCCCAUGAGGAAGCGCCAGCUCCCCGCUUCGUUUUGGGAGGAACCCAAGUUGACAAAGAACAAGAGGGAGAGCGCGUAUUUGGGAUUGAAAAGGAGCCCCGUGGAUGCGUCUGGGGGCAGUGAGGGUGAAAAGAGAAAAAGGAGUUAUGAUGGCGAGGAGAGGGCCGCGGUGUCUGCCUCCAUCCGGCGCGCCUCCUCGGAUAAAGAGAUGCUGAAGCUGGACGUGACCUCUCAACACUCCGUGAGCGUCUGCGGCUGCUGCCCCUUCCACUACAACGGACACCACGUCCUCCACAGCCACAUCGUCGUCCCCCACCCGCCCCUGGGACUGUGGAGUAAGGCGGCAGGGACUGAGUCGGAAAGGUUCGAGCAUCCUUACGGACAGCAGAUCCACACGCACGUCGUGGUGAAACCCAUACCCACCAAGCCCACGGCUCAGUCACCCAUCUUCAGCGUGUUCGGAUUCAUUUAA